CAGAAUCGCACGUUAGUUGCGACUUUCGGAACAAUAUUCGUAACUGUUUUAGUGUUAGUGUUGAACAUUUAUUUAUUGAUGUUUUGAAAUAUAACGUGUUAAUAAAAAUACUCUUCUAUUAUUAGAUAUAUUGAGAAAAAACAUGGAAACCCUCGCGAUGAUUGUGAUAUGAACACUUUAAGAAGAAGAAUAAAUACUUACUAUAUUCAAACACUAUGAGUCAAAACGCCUCAAAUGCUACUGUCAAUAAUUCAUUCAUUGGGUCCGUAGACCCCACUCGUGUGUUCGGACCUCAACGCGAUUCCUUAUACAUUGUACUACCAAUAACAAUUAUCUAUGCAAUGAUAUUUGUAACAGGGUUAAUAGGAAAUAUUUUCACUUGUAUAGUCAUAGUCCGUAAUAAGAGUUUACGUACUGCAACAAAUUAUUACUUAUUUAGUCUAGCGAUAUCUGAUCUCCUUUUACUAGUGAGUGGUAUGCCCCAAGAGGUAUAUUCAAUAUGGUCGAAAUGGCCGUAUAUAUUUGGCCAAUCAUUCUGUGUCAUUCGAGGGUUGGCCGCCGAAACUUCGACUAAUGCGAGUGUUUUAACAAUAACACUGUUCACAACUGAAAGAUACUUGGCAAUAUGUCACCCGUUUGUAUCCCACAAAAUGUCGAAGCUAUCGCGGGCUAUAAAACAUGUGAUACUAUUAUGGAUAGCUUCUUUCAUACUAGCGUUACCGCAAGCUCUACAAUUUGGUCUACGGAAUCACCAGGGAGUGAUCAUGUGUCUUCAAACACGUGUAAUAAUUCCGCAUUCGUUUGAAAUUUCGACAUUCUUUUUCUUCUUCGCUCCAAUGAUAGCUAUCACAGCUCUCUAUGCUUUAAUAGGACUGCGAUUGAAACGGUCCCAAGUCGACAGGAAUAAACAUCAACAUCCGAAUUUAGUGAGACAUAUGGCCUCGAUAGACAAAGUACGACAGAAAAACCACCAAUCAACGAAAAGAGUUAUUAAAAUGUUAGUUGCAGUAGUGGUCGCGUUCUUCGUGUGCUGGGCGCCUUUUCACGCGCAGAGGCUGGUCGCCAUCUACGGCACGCGGGAAGACCAUCGUCCCAAGUCGCCGAUACUCCUCGCCAUCUACUCCACAGUCACAUACAUCUCUGGAGUGUUAUAUUACAUGUCUACUUGCAUUAAUCCGAUCUUUUAUCAUAUUAUGUCUAACAAAUUCAGGGACGCGUUUAAGAACUCAAUGGCGCAUUGGUGCUGUGGCGGUAAAGACCUUUCUGGUAAUAAAAGAGAUUUUUACACGGCGAUGCCUCUCUCGCAAAGAACACUUUCUAACGGCACUAAACAAUCUGAUAAAUCUAACGGAAACAGAUCGUCGAAGAAAAAAAGCUUCGAAUCACCAGAAAAAACGACUAAUGAAUUAGACAAACAUUAUUGUCCGAACUGUCAUGGUCAUUUAAAAACUAAUGAAACAGUACCGUUCACACAAUUAGAACUGAAAGAUAUUCAGGAUCUAUCUGUAAAAAUCAUUUAAUAACAAACUGAUAUUUUAAAAAGAUACACAAACAUGGUAAUAAACUAAAUUUGACUUUUCCAUGAAACAACAAAGAAAUUUCACAUGGAAUUUUCUAAUUUACUUGGUGUUAAAAAAUCUGUGCUAUGAUAACGAGAAAAUAUUUAUUUCUUUAUUUGUAUUGACUCCAAAACUACUGAACCAUUAAAAAAUGUUUUGCCCUUAGAAAACAUGAUUAUCAGUGAGUAAUGAGGACUAUAUUUAACAUCAAUGCGAAAGGUAACAAGAUGUAAAACUUAUAUUCUUUGCCACCCAGGUGAAAUAUAGGUGGAUCGCUAGUUGAUUGUAAUGUAAUAAAAAAAUUAAUAAAACACAGACGUUAUAAAGAAGCGAAGGUCAAAUUAAUCAUUAAUUAUUCACGCUAGCAUGAAAUUAAAACGAACGUGUAAAUUUUGUAUAAAAACGAGGAACCCAAUAUGUUUAGCGUAUGUACAGUUUUAUAUAAAAUUUUGGAAUUGCCUAGUGAAGAUUUAAAACAGGGUUGAUUACGAGUGGUGCCCAGUUUUGUGCAGUUGAACUGUUAGUAUUUAAUUUUAGAAAAAUGUAUAAAAUAAAUGGGUAUUUUCUUUUUAUAAAACAAAAAGUCUAUUGACAACUUUAAUAUUAAUAAAUGUUACUAAGGAAAAAUAGCUUAAACAUAGCUAUCCAGGUUUUAACAUUCUGGACCCUCGAAAAUUCGUACCUGUUUUGAAUAAACGAUGCGGGACGCUGGAGCGAGAAACUGAUUUCAAGCCUGCAAAAAGUUUGAAAUGACCUAUACCUUUGUUCCAACUCCCCAACAAUACAAAACCGAAAAUCCCCAAUGGAGAGAUUAAUUUAUAAUUAUGAAUAUGUUUAUUAUUAGUAACUGCUAAAUAGUAUUGUAAAUAUGUAGUGUAAAUGUCAGACAAAGAUAGACGUGUUAGAAUUUUAUGUAAGAAAAUGUAACAAAAAUCAGAUUAAGUAUGUCUUAAUACUAAAAAUAUUUGCUCAAAGAAAUAUUAUUUCACUUGUUACUAAUAUAUUUUACGUUAUAAAUGUUCUUACUUUAGGUAGGUAGAUUAGUUACUUAUAAAUGGAAUUAGGAAUAUUGUUUUGUUUAUUUACUUCCAACCAAAUCAUUUCUUAAUCAUCUUGCCAAAAUAUGUUGCCCAUUGUUAAUUAUAUUAAGACUGCUAUUAGUUUUCCAAAAGUACUUAUAAAUAAAAUAAUGUAACGUACAUUUGUUUAAAAUUCUUAAAUUAUGUCUACAUCAUUUUACAUUAAGUUGUAAAUAGGUGAAAGAUCCCUUUCAAUGUUGCCUGACAGAGAUAAAAGUUAUUCAACACGACUUUCAGUAUGUAUGGGCAUCCCAUAACGACAUUCCGUGUCCUGAUGUUUACUGUUUUAUUAAUCAAUACUGCUUGAUAUAAUCACUGUACAUAUUUACAAAAUAUUUUAUAUGUAAAUAUUAAUGUUGUUUAAGACAAUAUUAAAUGUUAUUUUAUUGUUGUUACAUUAUGCGAAUUACGAUUGAAAAUUGUAGACUUACGCACAGAGGGUGUAUCACAACAUUUGAGUGACAGUUGCGAGAACGUUUUCGUUAUUUUAAUACAUUUUUUCAAUAACGUUACGAAAACGUUCUCACAUAUGUUCGUAGUAAGUUCUCAGUUUCUCUGAAAUUCAAUCGAUAUAGUUUUUAUUUACCUUUGCUUAACUUAAAUAUACACUACUGGAGAUUCUAAGAAAGCAUGUUUGCUAUUGAUCAGAAGCUUAUUUGAAAUAGAGCUUAAUUUAAAAUUAAUGAAUUUAUGGAUAUUACUUGUACUUUACUACUAGUUUCACCGCCAUCUGUAACCGGUCGUCGUAGACAGAAUAGCAUUUUUUG